AUGGAAGAAGAGGUGGAUACCUCUGUUACUCGUAAUGGUCGAAAUACGACCGGCCCUGGAGCUGUUGCAGAGAUUACAAGAGAGUCAGCCUACAACUCGAACGGAGACCCUUUCUUCUUGCACAGUUCGGAUCAUCCUGGAAUGAUGCUAGUUACAACACCAUUAACUGGAAACAACUACCUCACCUGGAGCAGAUCUAUGAAGAUAGCUCUAGGUGCGAAACUGAAGCUGGGUUUCGUGGAUGAGAGGAUUGCUCAGCCAGAUGAAGGAACAACAAAGUUUGAGCUAUGGACAAGGGUGAACUACAUGGUAACUUCCUGGAUCCUUAACUCAAUCUCAAAAGAAAUAGUAGAUGCCUUUCUUUAUACUACUACAGCGAAGGAACUCUGGGAUGAAAUUGCUAAAAGAUUUGGUGAAAGCAAUGGGCAUUUGCUGUAUCAAAUCCAAAGAGAUAUAAGUUCAAUAUCUCAAGUGAAUGAAUCAGUAGCUAAGUAUUACACUAGGCUUAAAAGGCUGUGGGAUGAGCUAACCUGCUUAAUGCCUAUUCCACCUUGUACCUGCGGUUCUGCUAAGGCAGUUGCCGAUUUGCAUUCAUUCAAUAGAUUAAUGCAAUUUUUGAUGGGUUUAAGUGACUGCUAUGAAAAUAUAAGGAGUCAAAUCCUUGUAAUGGAACCCUUACCCUCUAUGAACCAUGCUUAUUCCUUGGCCACUUUGAGGUUCCCUAUGAAAUGA